AUGGACGACGAUUUACCGAGUGACUUCCAAGUUAUCGUCGUCGGGACGGGAAUGGUGGAAUCCAUUGUAGCCGCAGCAUGCAGUAGGAUUGGUAAAAACGUUCUUCAUUUGGACUCUAGUGAUCAUUAUGGGGGUUUAUGGGCUUCUUAUAAUUUUGACGGUCUACAGAAGUUUAUUAAGGAAGUCAACUCUGACCCCAAGAGAAAGGAGCAAGUAUACAAUCUCAGUGAAAAAUGGUACAUUGAAAAAGAUGUCCCUGAAGAAGCCGAAGAGAGCAAGACUGAAGAUAAAAGUGAGCCCCCAAAGAAGGUUUGGAGUCAAACCAAAUUUGCAGCCGAAUAUAGAAAGUUUAAUAUCGACAUGACCCCCAAGUUGCUGUUCUCCCGAGGACCUCUGGUGGAGCUCUUGAUCUCGUCCAACAUCGCGCGCUACGCGGAGUUCCGAUGCGUGACCCGCGUCCUGACCUGGCUGGACGACCGCCUCACGCCGGUACCUUGCUCCCGCGCCGACGUCUUCGCCACGGAAACAGUCAGCAUUCUCGAGAAGCGACAACUUAUGAAGAUGCUCACCGCCAUAGUCGGCAACACCGAGGAAGAAAUGGAACAGGAGUUCAAAGACUGGAACGAGAAGCCCUUCAAGGAUUACCUAACCCACAAGGGUCUGACGCCGAACCUCAUCCAUUACGUGCUGUUCGCGAUCGCGGGUGGCUCCGACAAGAUGAACUGCCGGGACGGGGUCAGGGAGUCCAAAAAGUUCUUGAUGAGCCUCGGUCGCUACGGCAACACUCCGUUCCUGUGGCCCAUGUACGGAAGCGGGGAAUUGCCCCAGUGUUUCUGCAGACUGUGUGCAGUAUUCGGGGGCGUGUACUGCCUCAACCGCCCGAUUGACAAAGUGGAGCACAAAGUAGUAGACGAAGGAAAGUCCGUCGUGGUGAUCGAAAGUAGAUCCAAUACGCUAAACUGCGACCACCUCGUCAUAGGCAUCAACGAGUGUCCCAAAGACCUGAUCUCCCCGGAGCCGGUCGAAUGUACGGACAUAUCCAAAGCCGUCUUUGUCACGAACGGGACUAUUAUGUCCAGCGAGAAAGAGCCGCUCACGUUGUUGAGGUUCCCGCCGCUGGAUGGCGCCGAACACGGCGUCACCGUCCUGGAAGUGGGACCGGCUACGGGAUCCUGCCCGAAGGGCUUAUUCGUGGUCUACAUGAUCGCGAAUAAGACCGCGGAUGCCGAGACCGACCUGAUGCCCUACGCUCAAAGGAUCUUCGACAUGAGCGGAGGUGACCAAAAUGAGCCAGCAGAAAAACCUAAGUGUCUCUGGUCGGUGUUCUACAACGCGCACGACAGCAGCGCCCCCGUGGCCAGCUUAGCGGACAACGUGCACGUCUGCUCCGGCCCCGAUGCCGGCCUCGACUUCGACCGGGCCGUGGAACAGGCCGAACAAAUUUUCAAGAAAAUCUGCCCGGGCGAGGAGUUCCUGCCGCGAGCCCCCGACCCCGAAGAGAUCGUCUUCGAAGACGACGCCACGCCAGGCCCCGACUUCGAAAGGACGAUCGACGACGAAGACGAGCAGAAGAACGAGGAGUGA